UGUUCCCGGUCAGGCGCUCUGUGGACAGCUAAACCCGCUCUGUGUGUGACGUGCAGGACCUCCUCCUCCGACACACAGCAGCAGUAAUGGCGGACUACGACAACUACGAGGAUCGGGACCGGACAUAUGGAAGCUUCGGCGGCGGAAGAGGGCCCCGUGGCGGCGGCGGCUCCGGAGGCCCCAGGAAGCAGAAGGAGCUGCCCACAGAGCCUCCGUUCACAGCGUACGUGGGAAACCUGCCGUUCAACACGGUGCAGGGAGACAUCGACAUCAUCUUCAAAGAGCUCAACAUCCGCAGCGUCCGAUUGGUCAGAGACAAAGAGACAGACAAGUUCAAAGGUUUUUGUUAUGUUGAGUUUGAAGAUUUGGAAUCUCUAAAAGAAGCUUUGACGUACGACGGCGCUCUGCUAGAUCAAAGGACACUGAGGGUGGACAUUGCAGAGGGACGGAGGCAAGAGCGAGGAGGAGGCGGCGGCUUCGGCUUCAGGAAAGACGAGGGCAGAGGUACGCACGCCGAAAGCACGUCAGGAGAAAGACGAGGAGGAGGAGGUCCUCGAGGAGCUCCCAGAGGAGGAAGAAGUGACAAUCGUGACGACUUCGACCAACAAGGAGGAGGUUUUAGAGAUGACGACUACAUGGGGAGGGGUCGAGGCGGUGGCGGUCGCCCUGGUGACAGAAGGGGCGGAGCCGCAGGACCUGGAGGCGGAGGACCAGGGCGCUUUAGAGAGGGGGGACCCCCCCGUGGAGGAACGACAGACUUCCGGGAACCGUCUGAAGAGGAGCGUGCACAGCGGCCUCGGCUGCAGCUGAAGCCUCGGACCUCCUCCGCGCCGCUCAACCAGGUCGCCAACCCGAACUCUGCCAUCUUCGGCGGAGCCAAGCCGAGAGAGGAGCCCUGAGUCAUUUAACCCCCCGGCCAGAAGGUGGCGCUGACACGUCCUCAGUGUCACCAGCAGGGACGAAGACAUUUAAAGGUUUUUGUGCUGUUUCUGUUUUUUCAGUGUGCAUCUUGUAGAAGCCUACUGCCACCAAUAAAGUUUUGUAAAAAUUGAUGAAAAAAAUAAUUAUCGUACAGUGACGUUUGGUAUGUAGUUUUUUUUUUUUUGUUUUUUUUUUUGCAUUCCUUGAUUUUUUUUUUUUUCCUCUUUUAAUUUUCCUGCUGCCACAAACAGAAAGAGUCCUUCAGGUCCAGGUGGAGGUUUUCAGGUGCUUCACUCAAAUGGUUUCUCUCGGUUUCAGUCUGCGUCGCUUUGUGUCGCUGAUAAACAGCUGGACAUUUGCUUUACUGUACGUUAGAAUAAAAAAAGAAACGCCUCUUAACUUCUCUUUUUUGCUCAUUUUUUUUUUUUUUUCCUACACUGUUUAUGGCAAUAAAACUUUCAUCAUCGUACAUCAACUAGAAUGUGUUUAAUUUCAGGGGGGGAUUUUUAUUUUUUUCUUCCAAAUGAAAGAAGAAUAAAGCUCUUUCUGUUUCUGCC